CACAAACACGCCCCACUAUCACCGCAAUCACAAAUUUAGACCAGGAACGACACAAAAUCGAAUUGCGUCACUAAAAUUGAGAGAGGUGAACAAAUUCAAAAGAUAGCAGUGAACGAUAUAUCCUGAUACAGUAUCUACAACUGGAGCAAAAAGAUAUCUCUGAAAGUGAUCCCCCCCUAUGGUUGCAGAGCUUCUUAUAUUACGAUAUUUGGCCCAGGGUCCAACUAAAGCUCUGUCUCGGGCCGAGGUUCCGUCCAAGGCUCAGGCAUCGACCCAUGCUCAUCCUUUAACUUCCGCCCUGUCAGGCGCCACACCACUGACACAGAAACAGUCAGACACCCUGAACGGUGCUUUUGAACAUAGUAAUAUCCAUUCUCUGACAACAACCCAUUUCUCAUCGUUUGUUGCGCUUGUGUCGUUUCUCUUCUCCAAGGGGAAUGCAGAACGAGACACCAGCAACGCCACAGUCAUUGUGCUUGACCACCAAGCCACCACAGCCUCAGCAUUGGACGCGUUACCUAUCGAGGACAAGAAGCUUCUCUUGAGGUAUUUCUUCAACCAUUUGAACGUUGUGGUGGUACUGUCAACGGAGGCACAAACAAACAUUAAAGAAAUCAAUACUCUUACCGCAAAGAUUUCUUCCUCUGUUGGAGAAAGAAUCGUACGGGUGGAGACUUGGACUGGUACUGGGUUCAACAGCUUGGAUGAUACAUUUGAAGAGGAAAGAAGUGACUACCUUCCUACCAUGUCAGCGGUACUUUUAGGGAACACCAAUAAAUCGUACAACACAAGAAUGAAAGUUAUACAACUUCAUAAGAUUUUGAUGGAAGAAAUUGACUUUGAGUCACUUUUAGCUGAAAGUGGGAAGUCUCAUUUGGCCAAAUUAUGUCUGUUGGUUGGUCAUUGGUCAUUCCCAGCACAUGAGUUGAGUAAUGAUGAUUUAGUGUAUUGUGUUUAUUUGAUGAUUGAAUAUGCCUUGAAGCAAGUCAAGGAACAUGAACAGACGUCCACAGAGGCAACUUUGUUAUUUCCCUCCAAGAACGAACUUCUUGGACUUGUCUUUAUGGUGAGAGAUACAUAUAAGAAUGGGAAUCCAUUCCAUAACUUUAGACAUGCCACCGAUGUGUUGCAGGCUACAUUCCAUUAUUUGGUUAGAUUAGGGUGCCUCCCAGUGCCAAAGCAAUUGCAAAUGGAUCCAAACGCUUGUGAAAUGGAAAUAUUGGAGAGCAUUAAAAAGGAUGAUGAUGGAUUGUAUGAAACAGAAUUUGUUGCCAUUAAAACCCCUCAUGAUCAUGACCAUGAUCAAGACCAAACGCAUUUGAAUCCACUUCAAACGUUUGGCCUUUUAAUUGCAGCUCUUGGCCAUGAUGUGGGCCAUCCUGGUGUUACCAAUGCCUUCAUGACCAAAUAUUGCUCUCCAACAUCACUCAUUUACAAUGGACAAUCAGUCCUUGAACUGUAUCAUUCGUCUGUAUUCAUUAACAAGAUUCUUUGCAUCAAUUGGCCAACUCUUCUUUCGAUCCACACAGAUCCUUCAUCCACUUCAUCGCCAACCAUGAGGCAAUUUAUCAUUUCAUGCAUUCUUGCCACCGAUAUGGCUGAACAUUUUGAAUAUAUUGGGAAGAUUUCUCAAUUUCAAAAGCAUCUGGAUAGUUCUCUGAAGGAAAAGACUGCACAACUCAUUUCCAAUUUACUUAUCAAAUGUGCUGAUAUUUCGAAUGUUACGCGACCACUUCGAGUAUCUGCACAAUGGGCAUUGGUAUUAUCUAGAGAAUUUGAAGAGGUUGCUACUCUUGAACGGAAACUCACCACCAGAGACUCUUCCAUGGUAUUAGAACCACAAUACGCGAAACUCCCCAAAGCUCUUGAGGAUACGGUAGCGUCACUGCCUGACAUAUAUAAGGGACAGAUUUUCUUUAUCAACACAUUUGCAGAAAAUUUGUUCCAAAAUGUGGCUGAACUCUUGCCAGAACUUAAAUACACUUGUGAAAUCAUUCUGAGUAACAAGGAGUAUUGGUUUGGAUGCAAAGAUAGUUAGACUCGAAAGAGACAUAGAUUUAUAGAUGAGAAUAUACGCGAUAAUACAUA